CAUAUUCCCAGAACUAGUAGCAGUUAAAGAAAACAAGGCAAGAAUUGAAGGGAAUAAAAUGGAAGCAAUCGGGGAAGAUGACUACUCCCACAAAAUGGCUCCUGCACCUGCGGCCUACAACUAUGAAGAUUUGGAUAAUAAUCUCAAAUGUGAACUCCUGAACGAGCCCGAAACUCAUACUCUUAUCCUUCAUUUAAAACGGCGCUUUCAGACAAAGAAUAUUGUAUUAACAACACAUGAAAGAGGAUACAUUGUGAUCAGUGGACAUGCGCAGGCAGAGGACUACAAGUGGAUCCGAUUUAGAAAAAUAUUCACAUUCCCUUCUGAUUCUUAUUACAACUUAUCAGAUUUGAAGAACAUUAUUGGGAUAUUAGAUUAUACCGAAACCAUUCUUAAUAUAAAGCUAACAAAACUCCCCAGAAAUAAUGUAAAUGAGACAUUGCAACAUGCCCAAAUCCAAUUAUGGCCGCCCAAAAACCAUCUAAUUCGUGUUAUGGUCGGGCUGUUCACUCAUUUAUCUUCCCAUAAUUCAUUACCACUCUUAGGUAACUGUUACCUAGAUAUUGAUCCAAAAUGUGAAUGGAAGGAUGAUGGUACUCUUCAACUUCAUUUACCGGGCUUCACAAAUGAGCAGUUAAGCAUUUAUAUAACAGAUUGUGGGCAGUUUAUGAGGAUUAGCGGACACAAGCCGUGUGAAAAGAGUCCCCAUGAUUGGACCCGCUUUUCUAAGCAAUUCCAUAUUAUACCCACCGACAACGGCAAUGACUAUGACAAUUGGCCCGACGUAGAUUACAACCCCGACUAUGUGCAUGUAAAAAAACCAAAACUCGCCAUCCAUGGUGCCGCCGGGAAUGGUGAGAAAAAAGAGAACGCGGAUACGGUUAAUUAAAGUAAUAAUGGUGGCCGACUGUGACAAUAAUGAAAGUUAUGAUGAGCUAUAGAUAUGAACUGAAGACGAAUGAUGAAUGUCCUCUGGAGGGUCUCUUAUUAGUUCUCUUCAGUUUCAAUUUCAUGUUGUAUUCCAUACCCUCAUUAAAUAUGUUUAUAUCUUAAUGGUAUAAUCUCAUAUAUGUCUCCUGUGUUCAAAAUUGUAUAAGUAUACAUAUUACGG